ACUUCGAAACAAAAUGGACAUCUCAGAUAUCCUCUUUCUCCUUCUCUUCCUAUUUCCUCAUUUCUAUGCACUAGAACUAGACGACUGUCCAGCCUCCAUGUGUGGCAACACCGGCUUUCCUAUCCGGUUCCCUUUCGGGCUACAAGGCUAUCAACCCAAAAACUGUUCUUACCCAGGUUUCGACCUAACCUGCAAUACACAGGGCAUAACAGUCCUGAGACUUCCAAACUCUGGAGAAUUUUUUGUCCGAGCAAUCGAUUAUGUCACACAAGAGAUUCAACUCUAUGACCCUAGUAGUUGCCUUCCCAAAAGGCUUCUAAGCCUCAACCUUUCAGGCUCUCCUUUUGUUGCUGCUUUUUAUCAGAACUACACCUUCCUCAGUUGCCCUGCUUCAUUCACAGAGUCAAAGUUCACCCCCAUUGAUUGCCUCAGUAACUCCACAACCUCAGUCUUGGCAACCCCUUCCAUCAGCCUCGCAAAUUCAAUGUCUAAGGUGUGCAAGAUCAUCGCUACAAUGCCAGUUCCGGUUUCUGGGAUAGUUGAGUCUGAGGAUGGAUUCUCAACCGACUUUGAUUCAGACCUUAGUUUGACAUGGUAUGAGCCUGGUUGUACUCCUUGUGAAGGUGAAGGUGGCAUUUGUGGCUUUGAGACCAACACUAGCCAAGUACUUGGUUGCUUCUACAAUUCUAAAGGCAGAUCAGGCGACGGUUUCCAAGUUUUCAGGAUUAUUUGUGUCUCCAUCGCGGUACCAGCCCUCACAAUGGCGAUUGGGAUCGCUUGCUUUGCAUGCAUCAAGGACAGGAGUGGGAUCAGUCCUGGUCGCACUGCACAGCGGAACCCCACUGCAGUUGCAGCAGAACCCGAACAACAAUCCACAAUAGUAAUGAAUGGUCUGGAUCAGACCACCAUUGAAUCCUAUCAAAAGCUAGUUCUUGGUGAGAGCCGGCGGCUUCCAGGACCCAACGACACCACUUGCACUAUAUGCUUAUCAGAGUAUCUCACCAAAGACACAGUAAGAUGCAUCCCAGAGUGUAAACACUGCUUCCAUGCUGAAUGUGUUGAUGAGUGGCUGCGAUUGAACAGUACAUGUCCAGUUUGUCGAAACUCCCCCUCCCCAGCUCACGUCAACUCAGAUGGGGUCUGAUGUCUUUUAUUAUCUUAUUUCCUGUAGUUAUUCCCUCUUUACUGUAUAUAAUGGUUAAAAUUUUGUGAGUCCAAGCUUUACAAGACCGUUCACUCAAUUUUGGGUUUAUGUGUUUAUACUGAGGUAGGCUUAGGCUUAUACUUUGUAAACAUGUCCACUUCAUUCAUUUUCAGUUUUCCUGGAGCA